GUGGAGCAGCCGCUCGGACAAAGAGUGGCCGCCCCUUCGACGCCCGAUGUUAUCGGCGCGGUUCCCGGAACGAAGACGCGCAGCUGGACCUUCGUCGGUGAAAGCAGGGACGCCACGGAACAGUGAAACCACGGCCAAAUGGAUGCUUGGCGUGGGGGAAUGCGCGUUGACAACGCUCCCUGAAGCUGACUUUGUAUGACAGACGGCUUGGGCGAAGGAGUCCCUGCAGUGUCAAUUCUCGACGGACGUGUUGGUGCGGAGGGAUCGUAAUUUCCCCAUUGGUUGGAUAACAGUUGAUCAACGGUGGGAGCAGCGGCACUGCUUAGUGAUUGCAUCACCAACAUGGGACCGCCCGAAAGCGACGAGGGGAGCGCCACGGGCUGAGCGGCGUCCUCAGCCAGCCUCCCCCCGGCGGCACGCAGUGAGACCGACCCAGCACCCCGGCGACGCGCCAACCGGUCAUUCCAGUGGAGGAGGCCAGCGGUGCUGCUCGCGUGUGAAACCCCUGUGAUGUGCCGCCGCGCCGCCGGGUGACUGGCGCCGCGGCGAUGCGCUCUGCGCCACCCCCGCUGCAGGCGGCAUGAGGGCGGCUUGGCUGCUGGCCCUGCUCUGGUGGCUGCGAGCGGCCGCGCAGCCCAGCGUCGCGGCGCGAUACGUGGCGCCCGAGGACUGCCGCUGGGAGCCGCUGGACGCCACCGGGGUGGCGCUCACCUGCGCCGUGCGCACGCUCAGCGGAGGCCCCGAGCCCAGCAACUUCAGCCUCAUCCAGCCGGGACACACAGCGCGGCUUACGGUGCGCUGCGACGACCUGCUCUUGCAGAGCGACCUCGCCAACGGCUCGUUCGCCCACCUCAGCGGGCUGCGCUCGCUCAGCAUCGAGCGCUGCAAGAUCGACCAUGUGCCGGCGCUCGCGUUCGCCGGCCUGUCGGAGCUGCACAACCUCAGCCUGCGUACCUACAACACGGAGUGGGGCAAGCUGUCGCUGCGCCUGGCGCCCGACAGCCUGGCGCCCCUGCGGCAGCUCGUCGCGCUGGACCUGAGCCGCAACAACAUGGACUACUUGCCGCCAUCGAUCCUGUGUCCGCUCGUUCAACUGGCGCAGCUCAACCUGACGCGCAACCGUUUCGCGGACGCCACCCGGAUGGGGUUCGCCGACGCGCGAUGCUCUCCGCUGCUGCACAAGCUGGACGCGGCCUACAACCGGCUGCGCCUGCUGCCCGACAAGGCGUUCGCCUCGCUGCGCCAGUUGCGCGAGCUCAAGCUCGACCGCAACCUCAUCGCGCGCGCCGAGCAAGGGGCGCUAUUCGGCCUCUCGCGCCUGCAUAGCCUGGACCUGGCGCACAAUGCGCUGGUCGCCCUGCCACCGCGUUUCCUGCAGCCGGCCGAGAUGCUCUCGGAGCUGUACCUGCGCAACAACUCGCUGAGCGCGCUGCCCCCGGGUUUGUUCGCAGGGCUCCACCAGUUGACCGUGCUCGACCUGGCGCACAACCAGCUCAGUUCCGGAUGGCUCGGGGCGCCAGACACCCUGGCCGACUUGACGCGGCUCGCUGUGCUCGAUCUGUCGCACAAUCGGCUCACGAGGCUCGACGACGCCGUGUUUCGAUCUCUGCACAAUCUGCAAACACUGCAGCUGCAGCACAACCUGGUCGAGUCAAUCGCGGAUUUGGCGUUCGCGUCGCUUUACAACCUGCAUACGCUAGUCCUGAGCCAUAACCGCCUGAGGUUUGUGGGAACGCACAUGUUCGCCGGACUGUCGUCUCUCGGCGGCCUCUACGUGGACCACAACCGACUCGAGUCUCUGGCACCAGACGCCUUUCACAACGUGUCCAGCCUGCAAGAGAUCAUCCUCGCCGGAAACAGGCUGUCGUCUGUGCCACGGGUUGUGCAGACGCUGCAGCAGCUGCGCUCCCUCGACGUGGCCGAAAACAUGAUCGCGGACAUCCAGAACGCUUCCUAUCAAGGCCUGCAUCAGCUAUACGGCCUCAACCUGAUGGGAAACCACAUCGGCAACUUGAGCCAAGGCGCUUUCCACGAGCUGCCGUCCCUGCGGAUUCUCAACUUGGCUCGCAAUGGAAUUCAGUCCAUUGAACAAGGCACAUUCGAUGACGUCCCCGACCUUCACGCUUUGCGCUUGGAUUCUAAUUUUUUGGACGACGUUAAUGGCCUUUUUAGUAACCUGCACGACCUCAUCAUGCUCAACAUCUCGGCCAACCGUGUGCGAUGGUUCGACUACGCGCUUAUUCCCAUCGGACUACAGUGGCUCGACAUCCACGACAAUCAGGUAGAGGCGUUGGGGAACUACUUUGAGCUGGAGUCCAUUUUGAAGCUGAGGACGCUCGACGUGUCGCACAACAGGCUCACCGACCUCGACUCAUCGUCUCUGCCGAAUGGCAUAGAAAUUGUUUUCUUGAAGGGCAAUCACCUGCGGCGCAUUCAGCCCUUCACUUUUCUUGGUAAACAGAACCUCACACGCGUCGACCUGACGGACAACAAGCUGGAGACGUUGGACAUGACAAUGUUCAGGCUGAGUGAGGUUCCGAGCAGUCGGCCGCUUCCGCAGUUCAUGGUGGCCGGGAACCCGUAUCUCUGCGAUUGCCACAUGGAGUGGCUCCAACGCCUGGGCAAUCUAGACGAUUCGAGGCAGUACCCGCGAGUGAUUGACCUGGCGGACGUGGCGUGCCAGCUGAGUUUCAGUCGCAGGAAAGCCACCCUGGCGCUGGUCGCGGCGCACUCGUCCGAGUUCCUGUGCCGCUACCGCAACCACUGCUUCGCGCUCUGCCACUGCUGCGACUUCGACGCUUGCGACUGUGAGAUGGUAUGCCCAGACAACUGCACCUGUUACUACGACCAGAGCUGGAACACCAACAUCGUGGACUGCAGCACCAGGGCGCACGGCGCGGUUCCCAAGCAGCUCCCGAUGGACGUCACCGAGCUGUACCUGGACGGCAAUGACAUACCGACGUUGUCUAGCCAUACCUACAUCGGUCGAAAGAACAUGAAAGUGCUCUAUCUCAACAGCAGCAACGUGCAGACCAUCAACAACCGAACCUUCAGUGGCCUGCGUACGCUCCGAGUGCUGCGGCUAGACCGCAACCGACUGGUCACGCUGCACGGCUACGAAUUCGAUGGGCUCGGAGAGCUGAGGGAGCUCUACCUCUCGUACAACCAGCUGACGAGCAUCAACAACGCCACCUUCCUUCCGCUCAAAUCUCUCGAGGUGCUGCACUUGGACCACAACUACAUCCUCGAGAUCGCUGUGGCGAACUUGCCGCCGCGGCUGAGCGACGUGCGCCUCUCCGACAACCCGUGGUCGUGCGACUGCCAUUUCGUGCAGGAGCUGGCAGACUUCCUGCAGACCCGCGGCGCCGACCUGGUGCGCGACCUGUUGAGCGUCCACUGCGUGCACAACGAGACGGCGGUGCUGCCCCUGUGGGAGCUGAACGCCACGUCGUGCACCAAUGCGUCGGAGGCGCAGGUGCGCCAGGUGCGCCACCUGCAUGACCUGCUCCCUCUGCUCGUCGUCGUCGGUGUAGUGUUUCUCCUGCUGGUGUGCGUGGUGAUCGUAGCCUUGGUGUACCGUCGCCAAAUGAGCGUGUGGUUCUACACCAAGUACGGCGUGCGCGUGUUCCAGCGCGCGCCCGCCGAGGAAGAGAAGCUGUUCGACGCCUUCGUCUCGUACAGCAAGAAGGACGAGGCGUUCGUAGCGCAGAUCCUGGCGCCCGAGCUCGAGUGCGGCAGCCCGCCGUACCGACUGUGCCUUCACUACCGCGACCUGCCCAUGGCCGGCGGCUACCUGACCGACGCCAUCAGCGAGGCCGUCGAGAGCAGCCGGCGGACUAUUGUGAUCCUCUCGGAGCACUUCCUCAAGAGCGAGUGGUGCCGCUACGAGUUCAAGUCGGCCCACCACGAGGUGCUGCACAGCUGCAGCCACCGGCUGGUGGUCAUCUUCCUCGGCCGGGUCUCCUUCAAGGAGCUGGACCCGGACAUUCGGCUGUGGCUCAAGUCCAGCACCUUCCUGCGCUGGGGCGAGAAGAGGUUCUGGGACAAGCUGCGAUAUGCCAUGCCAGACACGCGGCAUCGCAAAGUGGCCGCCGCCGCCUCCUCCGGCAACCGUAGCGACGUAGCCAGCGUGCACAUCUGACGCCGUGUACAGUGUGCGAGUGCCAAGGUGUGUGGUGUGGUGUGUGUGUGUGCGCGCGGUGGCUGCCUCGUGGAUUACAUGUUACAGCCAGGAUAUGCACGGGCUUGGCCCCCUUCAUCUAAGUCAAGUCUCCCCCCAGUUUGCGCUGUGCAGGUAAAAACACCUUCUCUUGCUCUGCUGCCAACGAACUCGUGACUUCCUUUUUUAACCAAUCCGUCUAGAAAUUGUACCAACUCCUUUAAGCGGUCGCUUGUUGUAUACGUGAGAACGUUUUGAAACGAACUGGUGGCCUCUGGGGUGAUGUUUCACUGUACAUAGAAGUGUAAUAUAGCCCUUUAUGUCCAUUUUUUUUAUUCGUAAUUUAUGAAUUCCUCUGCGUCGUACUUGCGUUGCUCUCAGUGACUACCAAGAGCCAAAACAACACGCCAGCACUUCGUGGGACGGAGGCAUUGGACUGUGAUGUACAUUCCUAUGCAGUUUGCAACAUAUUGUGGAGGACUGCUUAACUUGCACAGAUCUUUUUUUUUUUUUUAAAGAAAAAUGGUGUGAUUUGAAUCUCGCAGAGAAACCUUGUGCCGCCGUUAUUUAUUUAUACUUAUUUAAGCGCGAUUUGCAUUACAGUGUAUGUAUCGCGAACCCUAGACACUAUACAAGUGGUGGUCUCGGUCCUUGGACGCUCCGCUACAAGGAACUUCAGAUUUGCUCGAAAAGUAGACGCACUGCUAUAGAGAUGCCCUUUGAAAGUCUCAUGUCAUAAAAAAAGUGAUUCAACCGUAAUUGACGCCUCGAAAUUAAAAAAAAAAAGUUCAUUGCGAAAGCCCAUAGGCAAGUAGAUAUCUCUAAUUGUGAGUGUACAGGAGUGUGUGUAAUCCACGUGGUGUCUUAAGGCUUCGAUAUCAAUUUAGUCCCGCUACCUCUUGAAAAAAGUAUUCCUACGAAUUUUACUCACCAGUGACUUGAAUCGCCUAAAUUUUUAGCAACUGCCUUCUCAUUUUCUUCCUUUGUUUCCGAGAGUUGACAGUCACAAGGCAAGCCUACACGGUAAUGUACUAAGUUGUGCUAUGGAUGUGACGCGAACAGCAAAGAAAUCUUUUGGAAGGAACAACUACGGCAAUAAAGAAAAGUGUCUCAACACUUGGAAAUGUUCAA